UCAAGCUUCAAUGAAAAUUGCAUCAAAAGGAAAAAUCUUAUUUGAAUUUACUGUGAAAAUGCAAUUUUCUUAAGCUCAUAAAGUCGUCUUUUUUUGCGUGCAUAAUGUAAGAGUAUUGAAAUUUAGGAUGUCUUCAUCGAACGCAACGAAAAGUCGUCGACGAACUUAUUCGGAAGAUUCUCACAAACAACUUAUAGUAAAGAGUGAUGAAGUAGUAGGAGCGUUGAAGAAAAGUCUUUCAUCAACCUUAGAAUUACCCAUAUCAAAGAACGAUUUAUCGACGGGAAGCUACGAUGAUUCAUUAGAAGACUUAUUUAAUAACGCAAUGACACUAAAAGUUGCGAAUACAAGGCAUUACUAUUGUGAUAUAUUCUCUCGUCAAUCUGUUGGAUCUGAAGAAGGUAAUUCGAGUAGUCCUGAUAUCGAUGAUGAGUGCAUAAAUUUUCUUGCGAGCAUUCCAAACGGCUGUGAAAUAAUUCAACUUAUACCAAAAAAACCUACUGCUGUCAUUCCAAAUGCAAUGUAUCAGCCAGAUUGUACAAAUAUACAAAAUAUGAGAAUAUUAAAAUCAUCAUGCUCUGCAUUCCGGGAUAUUUCGGAAAUUAAUAAAAUUACAAAAUCACAGACUGACAACGAUGAUAAUGAAGAUGAUGGUAAAAAGGAAGAAGUCGAGAGGAAGGAAGUUUUCGAUGGUGCAAGUUCAUCUAGUCACGCUUGAAAAAUGGGGAAUAAUCACAAAUAAUAAAAAAUUAAUAAUCAAUAUAAAUACAGACGACACACAAACAAAUACACACACACACAAUACACACAUAUACAACUAUCUUCUUUAAAUACACACAAAACAAAGUGAUACCUGAGAUCAUUUCAAAUCUAAUCAUUCAUCAUCAAUCAUUCUAAGAAUGAAGUUUAAUAAGAUAUUAAAAUUUAAACACAACCUGUAACGAAGAGGCUUAAGACAUGAGGUAAUGAGAAAAUGAAUUUGAGAAACUCAAAAUUUUCUUCUUUUUUAAAAGGAACAAAAAAAUAAAUAAAGUCACUGCUUCCUUGUCAGUGACUUGUGCGCAUUUUUGUCGAAGUACGGAUCGUUAAGGAUCUCAUGUUAAUAAAAAUUACUAUUUAGGAUAUAAAAGAAUUUGGUAUAUCCAUC